UUGUAUGAUUGUGGUCAUCUCGUGCUCUUGCUCACCUUCAAUUUCAUCAAUGAAAAUAAAAGUGUCACACCAUCAUCAAAGGCUUCAAGACAACUAUUAAUUUCACUUGAACCACCCGCACCUGAAACACAUCUACCAGAGACUUGAUAACUCCAAAAACAAAAUUCAUUGGAUCAUAAAAUAUUUACGUCAUCUGGAGCAACUUGGUGCUGUCAUUAACAACCUAGAACACCACCUUGGAUUUAUUUCACUAAAAUAAUUUAAUUAAAGUGAUUUUAGUGCUGCAAUAAAUAUACCAAUCAUAAAAUUAUCAAGAUAAAAAUUAUCAACAUCUUCUAGGUCAGGAUAGCUAGGAAAAAAUUUACAAUCAAAGUAUUAGAAGCAAGGAUUUAAUUAAAAUUAAAAUUAUAAUUAAAGAUUUGGAAAAACAGCAUCCGAGAGAUAUCCUGAGUUGUCAAGCUCUAGAACGAAGUUGAGGAUAAAGGUAGUGCUGAAAAUAAAGUGGUGGGAUAGCUUUUUGAUGAAUAAAAGGUGGGGAAAGACGGUGAUGGUUAUACUCUCGAGAGUAAGUUUGAAAGUUCUCAUUGCUCGGGACGUUGUUCUACCAGACAACGUGGAUUUUAUUUAUUAUUAAACCUACAAUCGCGUGUACGUGCUAUGGCGUGUAUUACGGGUUCCUCGGGUCGGCUCUGUGCUCGGGUCGAAAAAUUGUGUCAACAGUCUGGACGAUUCGUCCACUUUUGCACUAGGAAAAUUACCACAACAGGUGUUAACGAAAAAUUACACCAACAAGUGCAACGUAUUAGUCUAGUACAAUCAUGCCGACAACGAAACGAGAGAAGCCGAGAUCACAGUAUUACGACAUCCCGCGCCAUGAGUUCGAUGCAAACACAACAGCCUGGAUCAUUGCCUGACAUACAUCUGGAUCCGUAUCGAUUGAUAGAAGACGAUCUUAAAUACGUAUAUGAUGACAUACGACGAGAGCUCAUCGCGAAUACGUCAGUUAAAGAACUCCAAGAAAUAGCAACGUACUACUUUGAUGGGCAGGGAAAGGCUUUGAGACCAAUGGCAGCAAUACUUAUGGCACGAGCCAUCAAUUACCACAAAGAAAGAAAUGAUCUCUUGCCAACACAACGACAAGUCGCGUUAAUAGCAGAGAUGAUUCACGGAGCAUCAUUAAUUCACGACGAUGUGAUUGAUCAAUCUGACUAUCGUCGAGGAAAGGCUUCGGUCAACGUCAAAUGGAGCCAAAAAAAGGUAACAAUGGCAGGAGAUUUUAUUCUUGCAGUGGCCUCAAUGAUGAUAGCCAGAUUGAGGAACGAUGAUGUUACGCUUACUCUCAGUCAGGUCGUCACGGACUUAGUACAAGGAGAAUUUAUGCAACUUGGAUCUAAAGAAACAGAGAAUGAACGAUUCGCCCACUACCUCACCAAAACGUAUAGGAAAACUGCGAGUUUAAUCGCUAAUUCUGCCAAAGCUGUGGCAAUGUUGGGUGGUGCAGAUGAAAAAUUAGCAGAUGUUGCCUUUCAAUACGGAAGAAAUAUUGGUCUAGCUUUUCAAUUGGUAGAUGAUUUGCUAGAUUUUGUAUCUUCAACAGCAACGAUGGGAAAACCAACUGCGGCUGACUUGAAACUCGGUCUUGCUACUGCGCCAGUACUUUUUGCAUGCGAAAGAUUUCCAGAAUUAAAUCCGAUGAUCAUGCGGCGCUUCCAAGAACCAGGGGACGUAGAAAAAGCCUUCGAAUUAGUCCACAAGUCCCAAGGACUUGACCAAACAAGAUUCUUAGCUAAAAAGCAUUGCGAAGAAGCAAAAAGAUUGGCGGAAUCAUUAGCUGAAAGCCCGUACCAAAAUUGUUUGGUUCGGGUUGGAGAAUUUGUAAUUGAUCGAAUGAAAUAGUAGCCGAAUAUUAAAAUAAUAAUAAAUAAAAAUAAAAAA